GCCCCCCGCAGCCCCGGGCGCCGUGCGUCCAGCCCGGCCUUCGGCCCCAGCCCUGCGCCGCUCGCCCGGCCGGUGAUCGCCCCAGCAGCCCGGGCCGUCCGUCUGUCCGGCUUGCCCUCGUGCGCGCUUCGCCCGGAGCCGGCCUGCGGGCUGUCGGUUUCUACGUGCCGGGCCAUGCCGAGUCGCCGCGCUGCCAGAGCGUCCGCGCCGGAGCUGGGAGCCUUGGGUUCCAGUGACCUCUCUCCGCUCUCUCUGACGGUCUCCCGGACCACAGAUGAACUGGAAAUUAUCGACGAGUACAUUAAGGAGAAAGGCUUCGGUCUGGACGGGGCGCAGCUGGGUGAGGUGCCCCGCCUGGUGCCCCGCGGGCCGGCCUCGCUAAGCAGCGUCACCCUGGGGCCAGCUGCACCGCCGCCUCCAGCCACACCGCCCUGGAGCUGCACGCUGGGCAGGCUGGUGUCACCCGGCCCGGGCCCACGGCCGCACCUGGUCAUCACAGAGCAGCCAAAGCAGCGCGGCAUGCGCUUCCGCUACGAGUGCGAGGGCCGCUCGGCCGGCAGCAUCCUCGGGGAGAGCAGCACGGAAGCCAACAAGACGCUGCCCGCCAUCGAGCUUCGAGACUGUGGCGGGCUGCGGGAGGUGGAGGUGACGGCGUGCCUGGUGUGGAAGGACUGGCCACACCGGGUACACCCACACAGCCUUGUGGGGAAAGACUGCACCGAUGGCGUCUGCAGGGUGCGGCUGCGGCCCCACGUCAGCCCCCGGCACAGCUUUAACAACCUGGGCAUCCAGUGUGUUCGAAAGAAGGAGAUCGAGGCGGCCAUUGAGCGUAAGAUCCAGCUGGGAAUCGACCCCUAUAAUGCUGGCUCCCUGAAGAACCAUCAGGAGGUGGACAUGAAUGUGGUUAGGAUCUGCUUCCAGGCCUCCUAUCGUGACCAGCACGGACAGUUACGCCGUCUGGACCCUGUUCUCUCCGAGCCUGUCUACGACAAGAAGUCAACCAACACAUCAGAGCUGCGGAUUUGCCGAAUCAACAAGGAGAGUGGGCCGUGCACAGGUGGUGAGGAGCUGUAUUUGCUGUGUGACAAAGUGCAAAAAGAGGACAUAUCCGUGGUGUUCAGCACAGCUUCCUGGGAAGGGCGAGCCGACUUCUCUCAAGCUGACGUGCACCGGCAGAUUGCCAUUGUGUUCAAGACACCACCCUACGAGGACCUGGAGAUCUCAGAGCCUGUGACUGUCAAUGUCUUCUUGCAGCGGCUCACAGAUGGGGUGUGCAGCGAGCCUCUGCCCUUCACCUACCUGCCUCGAGAUCAUGACAGUUACGGUGUGGACAAGAAGAGGAAGCGGGGACUGCCUGACGUCCUUGGGGAGCUGAGCAGCUCUGACCCACACGGAAUUGAAAGCAAACGACGAAAAAAGAAGCCAGUGUUCUUGGACCACUUCCUGCCUGGCCACAGCUCAGGCCUGUUCCUCCCACCAUCAGCUCUGCAGCCGGCAGACACUGACUUCUUCCCUGGUACCAUAUCCCUUCCUGGGUUGGAGCCUCCUGGCGGCCCUGACCUCCUGGAGGAUGGCUUUGCAUACGACCCUUCUGCCCCCACACUCUUCACCAUGUUGGAUCUGCUGCCCCCAGCGCCACCACUUGCAAGCGCUGUGGUGGGUAGCGGGGGUUCAGGGGCCACGGUCGUAGAGUCUUCUGUCUCGGAACCCCUGAUGCUGGACUCCUUUGCAGCCCCAGGCCCUGGGGAUGUUGGCACGGCCAGCCUUGUGGGCAGCAACAUGUUCCCCAACCAGUACCGAGAGACAGCCUUUGGGGGUGGCCUCCUGUCCCCAGGGCCUGAGGCCACGUAGCCUCUGGGGUGGCAGAGGAGGCACUGGAUCACCCCAAGGCCAACCUUGAUCAGUCUUCCAGCUCCCUCACCCUGAAUCGGACAUCUGCAGUGCUGGUGAGCUGGGGAGCCCAUUUCACAGACAAAUGCUGUGUCCGAAGACAAGAGGGGGCUCCUGCAGGUGGGCCCCUCCUCAGGACAGGUUCUGAGAAAUUGUACAUAGGGGAGGAGGGAGCAGAUCCCUGGCCCUCUUCCCUAAUCCUGAAGGUGGGGUAGGUUGUUUGUGCAGUUUUCCCAAUAAAAAUUAGUUUUUUGA